AUGGAAAGUUCAGUAUCUUCACCAAAAGCAUCGCCUAACAUAAAAAGAAUUAAAUCUCAAAAAAUUAAUGAUCUCCUUAAAAACCUUAAUAAAGAAUAGAGAGAGGCUAUUAACUAUAAUAGCUCUCCUUUGCUUAUCUUGGCUGGAGUUGGUACUGGAAAAACUCAAACUCUAAUGAGCAAAUAUGCACACCUUAUUUCCAAAGGUGUUCAACCUCAAAAAAUACUUGCUGUCACUUUUACAAACAAGGCAGCAAGAGAAAUGGAAAAAAGAGCUGAGUCCAUCACUUAAAGUGCCUUGAGGUUUAAUUGGAUUGGUACUUUUCACAGUUUAUCUGCAAGAAUGUUAGGAUUCGACUAAGUCUAUGAAAGUGUAGAACUUAAAGUAGAUUAUCAUAUUCUAAACUAAGACAAGCAGCGAAAGUAAAUAAGGAAAAUUUUGAAGGAUCAAAAAGGAACAAAGGACUUGUUCCUUGCAUUUGAAUAAAAGAUGUUCAGCUUAAAUCAGAAGCAUUAAUACAGAGGCUUUAAGCCUUCUGUACCUUAUGCUAAAAUGGUCUCCUGUAUUGAUAAAUUCAAAAAUAGGCUCCUUUUCCAUGACGAUGAUGAACCAAAAGGGCUCAAUGAAUUUGAGCGAUUAGUGUUCCUUAAUGUAUAUACUGAAUACUAAGAAUCUUUAAUUAGUGAAAACCUAGUAGAUUACGGAGACUUGAUUCUAUAUAUGGUAAGGAUUUUCAGGCAGAAGCCUGAAAUUCUUCAAAAAUACAGAGAAUAAUUUGAAUAUAUACUUGUUGAUGAAGUGCAAGAUCUUAAUUUACUUUAGCAAGAAUGGCUGAAGCUGAUUAUUGGAGAUAACAAGCAAUUCACUUGUGUUGGUGAUGAUGACCAGAUGAUCUACGGAUUUAGAGGAGCUGGAGGAGAUUUCAUUCUCAACUUCGAGUAGCACUUCUAAAAUGCUCAUAUUAUAAGACUUGAGCAAAAUUAUAGAUCAACAAAAGUAAUUUUGACUCAUGCCAACAAUUUAAUAUCUAAGAACAAAAAAAGAAAAGGAAAAAACUUGUGGACUGAAAAUAACGAGGGAGAGCCAGCAUACAUCAAUGAAUUUUAAGAUGUUUAGACAGAAAUCGACUAGAUAUGCAGAUAAAUUAAGGUAUUGAUUUAGAAGUAAAAUGUUCCUCCUAAUUAAAUUGCCAUACUAACAAGAACUAACUAAGAAGGGAGAGAGUUUGAGAAACAAUUAGUUAUGGACAAUACUCCUUACGAUCUUAGUAGCAACAAAAAGUAGUUUCUUAAGAUAAAAGAAGUUGAACUCGCUCUCUACUACAUUACCGUUCUAGAGAAAUAAUACGAUGAUUUUGCUUGGAAACAUAUUCUUGAUAAAAUCCCAGGAUUUGGAAAAGACACUUGCAAAAAGAUUGAUGAAUGUGCUAAGGAAAAUAAAACAUCCAUGUUCGAUAUACUUAAUAAUCUUGCUUAAAACGAAUAGAAUUAAUCAACUCCAACAAUAAAAAAGGCCUCAGGCAAAAGAAAACCAGCAAUGCCCAUCAGUGCUCUAGAAAAAUGGGCAAAUCCAAAAUUGAUAGUAUCUAAAGAUGAUUCGACAGAAGGUAGUAUAUCUUCCCCGAAAAAAGAACCUUAAGAUAAUGUUCGAAAAAUCCUUAAGGUUGACAUUAAACUAAACAAAAAGCAGAAAGAAAAUCUAUCUCGACUUAUGAAAUAAAGAGAAAUUUUCAAGAAUACUCAAACUAAGAUGCUGGUCAAAUACUUGACAAACAUUGGAUUUUAUGAGCAUUUAGCAAAGAAUUCAAACAUAAAAGAGAAAGAUCCUGUUAAAUGCCAGAAAAAUGUUCAAAGUCUUCUUGAAAUAGCCGAAGCAUUUGAUGACAUUAAGCAAUUUGUAGAUCAUAUUGCUUUAUUUUCAUAAGAGGGGAGUGGAAGUGAGGAAUCUGAAUCCAAAUCUAUAAAGCUAAUGACAAUACAUUCAAGCAAGGGUCUUGAAUUUGAUCAUGUAUUUUUGCCAUUUUGGGUUCAAGGCAAGAUGCCCGUUGAAUUCUAAAGGGAUAGAUAAGCCGCUGAUAUUGAGGAAGAGAGAAGAUGCGCAUUUGUUGGAAUUACUCGAGCUAGAAAAUCAAUACACAUAAGUCACCAUUAAAUGAGCGAUAACAAUUAUCAGACAAUUUAGCAUAGAUAAUCUGUAUUUUUAAAGGAAAUUUGA